UUUGAAUGGUAAGGAAUGAUUUCUGUCUUUGUCAAUUUUGCUUUUAAGUUAAGUUUGAAUAAAUUUCUAAAUAGUUUAAAGAUCAAUGUAUGUGAAAAAUUAUUUUACUUAUGAUUUUGAGCUUUGUUCACAAUAGUAAAUAUUUAUAUUUAGGUACGUAGGUCAGUAUUUUACAUAAAAAGUGAAGAAACUAUUAGAUUUUAAAUAGAAUGUGCGUAAAUCAAUAGCUGAUAUCAUUUUUGCGUUUUAUAUACAUUUUGAAAAUAAGUAUCCUCGCAAUAUAACUAUCCUAACGUGUCUUAACCUGCAUUUUCUAUUCAGGUUUCUUUCUUGUUUAAGGUGGCUUGAAAUACGCUUGGAACUGGAACCCAUAUGUGACACUCAUCUUGCAAGUUAUUAUAUGUACUUCAUUCAUCAUAAUUUGCCUCAAUGCUUCAUCAAAAACACAACUCAACGUCGCAAAGAUCCUGACAUUUGUGUAUGCUGCUAUAAUGACUGGAGUGGUGAUAGGAACUGUUUUGAAGAUCUCAUUUGAUGUCCAUGAUGCAAUUAAAAGCAAAAGUAUUAAGAUAUCAACAACAACAGCGUACGUUUCUACAGUUGUCGUGAUUUUCGUUCUCACAGCAAUACUGCACUUAAAAGAAUGUAUCUACCUUUUGCAUGGAAUAUGGUACCUUUUAUGUCUACCUGCUGGAUACUUGUUGUUAAUGAUAUACAGUAUCUGUAAUAUAACGGACAGAUCAUGGGGAACAAGAGAGGAAAAUCGUGAUUCCGAUUUUUCAUCCGUUUAUCAAUUUUGGUGUCCUCAGAUCACAAAGAGAUUUAAGUCUUUGUGUUGUAAUAUUCCACCUGAAGAUGUGACCAGUCAGGAACAGCAACAAGAUGAGUCAGAAACUACGCCAAAACAAGCGUGGAUUGGUGAUGUAGGAAGAGCAGAUUCAAUACCGAGUUUACCUGAAGAUAAUGGUGCAAGUCGGAUUGGCCACACAGGAAACACAGCUAUAAAAGUGAGAGACUGGCUACCGGACGACAUGAAAAAGUAUACCGAUUUGUUUGAUAAGCAGGGCUACGAAAAUACGAUGCUUAUCAGUUCAAUGACAGACAAAGAUCUACGUAAAAUUGGAAUAAAAGCGGACAUUGACAGAGUAGUGUUACUAUCGCUAAUACAGAAAUUACCGCCAUUUGAUCAUGAUAUACCUCUUUCGGUUCCUACUAACUUACCCAAAUGGUUAGAGGAAAUCGGACUUGAACAGUACAGCCGACAUUUCAAAAAUGACUCAUUCGACAAGAAAGAAGUUAUUGAAAAACUGAAAUCAUACGGAAAGGAUGAAAUAAAAGCCGAACUACAGAUAAGAAAAAGAGGACAUAUCAAGCGCUUAUUGUACGCGAUUGCACGAAUGCGUGAACCGUCAAACAGAGAGCAGAAAAUUGCAAAAGUAAGAGGAGACUUGAAAACUGUCAGAUUUGAUGAAAUGGUGAAUAAAAAAGAGAAAGAGUUCUGGGUAAGGCUUAUCAAAAAGGCUCUGCAGCCGCAGUCAAACGCAUUUGGGUCAGAUAAAGUAUUGAAAGAGAAACUGUGCGCCCUACGCAACACUUGGCUGAUCAGUUUUGGUUUGUCAAAUAUUUUGUGGUUGAUACUGAUAAUGACUUUGUCUGAGAAGGGACACUUACUUGGUGUGUUUGGUAGCAAUCCUGUUGGUUUCAUAGUCGUGUUACUCUUUGGCUUCAUCCUGAUAAUACAGUUUUUGGCAAUGAUAUGUCAUCGGUUCUCUACAUUGAAACAUUAUCUAGCAAGAGCACCGUAUAUCUGUGGGAGCGACAAGAAUGUGAUGUGGGAGUAUGACAAUAAAAGUUACAGUGAGUACGACACACAAGAAAAAACCGGGGAAAAUAUACAAGACAUGAUCAACGCAAAAAGG